AUGGCUACAACUACACAACACAUGAAUCAAAUCUUCCUCGUACUCCUCCUAAUCUCCUUCGCAAUCUCUCCGGUGAUCUCGACCGUUCCAAAAGAAUGCGAGACUAAUCCAACAGACUCUUGCAUCGACAAAACCAAAGCCUUACCCCUCAAAAUCUUAGCGAUCGUUGCCAUCUUACUGACGAGCAUGAUAGGAGUCACGGCUCCUCUCUUUAGCCGAUAUGUCACUUUCUUGCAUCCAGAUGGUAAAAUCUUUAUGAUCAUCAAGUGUUUUGCGUCCGGGAUCAUCUUAGGAACUGGUUUCAUGCACGUUUUGCCUGAUUCUUUCGAGAUGUUGUCUUCUCCAUGUCUUGAAGACAACCCUUGGCACAAGUUUCCUUUCACAGGAUUUGUCGCUAUGUUGUCUGGUCUUGUAACUCUCGCUAUUGACUCUAUUGCUACAAGUCUCUACACCAAGAAAACUGUUGCUGACGACAGCGAAGACAGGACUACUCCGAUGAUAAUUCAAAUCGAUCACUUGCCUAUAACAACUAAAGAACGUAGCUCUACUUGCUCAAAACAACUUUUGCGGUAUCGAGUUAUCGCCAUGGUGUUGGAGCUUGGAAUUAUAGUUCACUCCGUAGUCAUUGGACUAUCCCUAGGUGCAACCAACGAUACAUGCACCAUUAAAGGUCUUAUUGCAGCUCUUUGCUUCCAUCAGAUGUUCGAAGGCAUGGGUCUCGGUGGCUGCAUCCUCCAGGCAGAGUAUACAAAUGUGAAGAAAUUUGUAAUGGCCUUCUUCUUUGCGGUUACAACACCUUUUGGAAUAGCUCUUGGUAUAGCCUUGUCGAGCGUUUACAAAGACAACAGUCCAACAGCAUUAGUCACGGUAGGACUACUCAAUGCAUGUUCUGCAGGAUUGCUCAUUUACAUGGCACUUGUAGAUCUUCUAGCCGCAGAGUUUAUGGGAUCUAUGCUCCAAGGAAGCGUCAAACUUCAGCUUAAUUGCUUCGUGGCGGCUUUGCUCGGUUGUGGUGGAAUGUCAGUCCUCGCCAAGUGGGCGUAAACACUUCAAAUUUUAACUUUCGAUUUUUAUGAAAAUGUAACUAUA